CAUACCAUCCUAAGGAGGUUACGAACAAGAGAAGUGUAAAACCAGUACACGAUACACCUUGAUCACCAAAGACACCAUUAACGUAGAUUUCUCUACAUACGUAUCUUAAAUCUACAGCGUCAUCCAAUGGUCAAUUUCUCCCUUUUCUCUCUACAGGAGCUGCUGACCGAGGACACCCCCCUCUUGAGGAUAUCAACCAGACUCAGCAGAGGACAGUCCAGCACUCAGUGGUCAUUUAACGCUGAAAGGUUGGUACACUUUAUGAAUGACUAAAUGACUAAAUGAAUGUUUAUGAGGAGGCGCCGUCAGGGAGCAGAGUGGAGUCGGAGUGUGUGAAGAUGGAGGACGAGUGUGUGAAGACGGAUGAUGAGGGUGUGAAGACGGAGGACGUGUGCCAGACUCUCCAGUCGACUCCUCCAGUGGAGAACCCAAACCCAACCCACAAGCCAGUGAGGAGCUGCAGGAUAAAGACGAAGCUGUUGCUCUUCAAUACUCUGUUAUUGAUCGUUAUCCUGAUCAUGAUCGGACUCUUCAUUGCAAAAAAGCCACAAGCCCCUGCUGCAGAAAACCAACAAAACACAGAAGUGAGCAGAACAGAAGAUGCUGGAGUAGAUGAUGAAAGCGGGAGUGGAGAGCUGUGGAUUCUCCACGAUGGCAUGUUUUAUUUGUUCUGGGAAGACGAAGGGAGCUGCGCUGAGGCUGAGAAGUUCUGUAAAGAAAGAAACUCCAGAAUUGGCACCGUUACAAACAAGAACGAGGACUGGAUUCUGUCUCAGGCAAACGGGAGGAAGCUGUGGAUGAAUAUUGAUGGUGAUACAGCUGGACCCCUGAAUAAGACCCUCUGUCAGUGUCCGCUGGAUGGAGGAAACUCAGCAAACUCAGAGGACAUGCGGGGCUGGGUGUGUGAAAGUGGUCAACUGAAAUCUCUCCAAAUCCCUGAAUCUCCAAAUCGGACACCACCUUCAUUUAGUUUUUACGAUAGCUUCAUUUUUGAUGACUUUGAGGAAGCAGCUGAUUAUUCUAUUACAGAUUAUGAAGAGUACAGUUUAGAAUAUGCUCCAUCUGAAAACCCCACAGCAGCACCUGAGCAUGAGAGCUCUGCGUCCUCUGCAGCGUCUCUUCUCUCUGUGAAGAUCUACAUUAUUACAGUGUCUGUUCUGGCUUCACUGCGUCCACUGCACUUCUGACCCUCCUCUGAGUUUGUGGAGAUCUGACCCUAGAAGCACAUGUGUCGCCCCCCCCCCAAACCUUAGAGAACUUCAUCACGGCUUUAAUGAGUUUUCAUGUCUGGUGUUAAAUGACUUCCUUGCUUAUUUUCUCAAGUUCAAAUUUUACAUUAUUUGUAUGUGACAUUAUAUGAAUUUAUUUUAAGCCUGUUUCCAAUAAACUCUCGUUUGCAAUGCUGGCA